GACAAUUCGAGUUGGAGCCGCGGGAGCAGGCGGAGAGUAGGAGCUGGCCGCAGGUAAUACCUGUCUGUACCGUCAUUAUCAUCCAACACCUGGAGGGUGAAGGAGGCGGGAGGAAGGGACGAUCAUUUCUCGGGUGUGCGGCUUUUACUCCAGAUUGCCUUUGCUUUAGUUGAAAAGAAUGAAUUUGGGUGAAAGCAUUGCAAUAAUGAAUGAACAAUGUGAGCCAUUAACGCUUGAGGCUACAGGGAAGCCGUCAAUUCUUCGAAUGUCUCAGAAGGAGAACUUCCCUCCCAAAGGGUCAAUGAAACUAUCAAAGGUAUCUUUUCAGACUCCUAUAAGAGAUCCUGUUACACGCAAAGUUCUCAGUGCACAUCUGACUAAUAGAUGUGAUGCUAAUUCAUUUGAGGCUGGAAUAAGUAAGAAGAACACUGAGAAUCGAGGAAAUCCUGAUGUGACUGAGACAAAAGGACGCACAAAUUGUGGAGGUGCAUCUGACUCUCCAGAGUCUGAUCUGCAAGCGGAAAACACAAACACUAAACAGUCAACUGCUGAUAUUGACCUUGGCAAUGAAGAGCAUACUUCAUCCAAAGGAACCUACACUCUUGAUUUUGAUAUGCUUGAUGUGAUCAACCCUUUUAUUGGUGUGUCAAAAAUCCUGAACUCCCCAGCAAAGAAAUUGACUGGCACAGAGCCAGUUAAUCUGGAACAACAUGCUAACAUUUCUUCAACUAAUGAUCAGACUGUGCCUAACAACAUUGAACAGCUGUCAAAAGCCACUCUCUGCAACAGCAAUGCCAACAAUGGUAGAAAUGAAUCAGCAGAUACCCCUUUGCAGGUGGAAAGUCAAAGUAACAGCACGGAACAGGAUUACGGAAUGCUCAUGUCACAGACCUUGUGUAACUUUGAGGAGGAUGGUCUUGAGAAGAUCAGUCCUAGCAUAAGUCAGCAAAAAGUACAAGUUUCACAACUUCCCUUAAAAGAGUCUCUCAAUCUUGAUCAUAAUACUGAUUCUAUGACCCCAUUCCAAGUGGCAGAUCCAGGUCUACCAUUUGAGCAGAAUCAGCCUUCUCUACUUGGAGAAGAUGUUGACCUGGUGCAACCAGUGCAAUUGGAGGUUGAAGGCCAGGAACUGCCACCAAAAAAGUUGGGUGAGAGAAUAGGUCUAGCUCAAAAUAAAAGGGUUUGCAGCAAAUCUGAGAAGCAGUCUAAGGAAGCUACAAAGCUGGAUGAGAAAAAUGAUCCUGAUGAUGCCUUUGUCCCAAAGAUGGAGUAUAACAUUGAAUGGGAUAAAUUGGAUGACCCAAAUUUUAAUCCCUUUGGUGGAGGUUUUAAAAUUGUUAAUUCUCCCAGUCUGACUAAAGCACCAGUAGCUCAUUCUGAUUUACCUUGUGAAAAAAAUCCAGUUCAAAAUUUUGAGUCGACUGCAAAGGAAAUGAGUGAGGUUCUGAGGCACAGUGAAAGUUCUCAAAGUUCAGCUGAGCUACCAGUAGACAAAUCUGAUGGACUAUCUGUAACAGAUGAUACAAUAGAAAAUGUGGAGCCACUUGGAAAAGAAAUGGAAGUGGCACAGAAGCCAAUAAGCUUUGCUCAGACAAUCAACAGUAAUGAAGCUACUACUCAGCCACUCAAGCAAUCAUCCAAAAAAAACACUUGUAAAGUUAAACCAAUGAUGGAAGUCUCUGCAAUUCCCUGUGAACAGGAUCCCAUCUCUUCACCUGAAGUUGAAAAUAUUGAGAUGAGGCUGCCACUCAAUUUUGAGCGAAUAAUUGCUGAUGGCAGAGUACCAUCAACAAUGACUGAUGCAGAAAUACUGGAUGGUAUUGACUUCGGCUUCUCUGUGCCAGGAUCCUCCACAUUCCGUAAUGUUAUUGAAAGUGAAACUGAAGAAUUCAGGCCUGCUGACCAAAUUCCAGCUUUUAAUGAUCCUAUAGAAAUUGAUUACCUGGAGCAGUUUGGCCACUCUUCAUUCCACGCCUCUGCUUUAAGAAAACAAUCUCUCUACCUAAAGUUUGAUCCUCUUUUAAGAGAGAGCCCUGUUCGGCACAUUGAGUCCAUUCCUGUUUUGGCUAAUGGAACGACUAAUGGUUCAAGCAUUGUGAAUCCUGAAACCAGACCUGGUCGUCAUACUGAAAAUUCAGAAGAAAUGGUUGAUAUUAAUGCUUUGGUCCCUGUGCCAUCCUCUGUCAAUCCAGUAUCUGAUUUCCCAUCAGUUACUCAUCCCACUGAGGAUGCCAUUAUUGAAGUGCUCAAGUACAGCCAAAAAGACAUGGAUGCUGCAAUUCUGGCGGUAAAGGAAGAGGUUAGUCAUCAAGAAGCCAUGACUUUAGAAUGGAAACAGAAAUUUGAGGAAAGCUUUGCACAAUGUGCAGAAAUGAAAAAAAUUGUAAAUGAAUAUUCUGAGGUGACCUUUCAAAUGAUGGAGGAAUCUGGCAAGAAAAGUGAAUUGGCCAAGGCAGAAAUGGAAAAACUAACAGAAGAAAAGCUGCAAGCCUUGAAAGAACUAAACUCAGUUGAAAACUCAUUUUCUGAGUUGUUUAAGCGAUUUGAAAAACAAAAGGAAGCAAUUGAGGGUUACAAAAAAAAUGAAGAAUCACUGAAGAAAUGUGCCCAGGAUUAUCUUGCAAGGAUUAAGAAGGAAGAGCAAAGAUACCAAGCUCUGAAAGCUCACGCUGAAGAAAAGUUGAAUCAAGCAAAUGAAGAGAUAGCACAAGUGCGUAACAAGUACAAGGCAGAGGUUGCUGCUCUCCAGGCCCAACUACGUAAAGAGCAAAUGAAAACAAAUUCUCUGGAGAGGAGCUUGGAAGAAAAGACUAAAGAAAAUGUGGAACUAUCUAAAAUUUGUGAUGAACUUAUUUCCAAGAUGGAGAAGAUCUGACUUCUUUCCUCAUCUAACUUGUAAAAUCUAAUGUAUUCUGUUCUGCUCCAUUUUUGAACUAAACUAUUUGUAUUUUUUAUGAUUGAAUAUAUUGUGUUUCUAGAAGCAAAUAAAGUUUAAUAUUAGCAA